CCUCCCGUCUGUCUGUGCGGGUGAUUCCAACAGCGGGCCAGUGGCUCGUCUUUCUGCAAUAACCUGGCGGAUACCCGAGAAGAAGUGGACGACAGUGGGACCAGCUCACCAAAGAUGGAUAGAUCUGACAUAGAAGACGACCCGGAGGAGGGGGAGAAAGAGCCCGCUGUCGACCCAAACCAUCUGAGCCAAUUAGACUUCUACCAAGCCGACCCCUUCGCCCACUGUCAGAGUGACCAUGACCUCUUCAAUGAAGACCUGUUCCCUAAAACCGACUCAUCUGGUGGAUUUGGUUCAGACCCUUUCAAGGGCAGUGACCCCUUUGCAACAGAUAUGUUGUUCCCAGAGGCGACUGUCGGCACUGACGAGGGGGCAGGACAUGUCGGCGAUGAGGGGGACACUAGUCUGUCCUGUGCUGAAAACAAAGCCUCAACAGGAACUCAGUGCUUCGAGUCUGAAUUCCCCGACGAAGACAGCGACAUUGAGAUUAGCUACAGCCGAGAGGACCUGGACGCCAUCGCUGUGGUUGAUGAUUCUUGCGGAUUUAAGCCCAUUCAGAGCUCGUCGGACGAGUUGGGGCCAGAGCCCAUCCAUGGCUGGAGGUCCCAGGGCCAGUAUUCUAUAGAAUCAGACCCUAAUGGGUAUGAGCUGGACCUUAGCGCUGUCUCUCCUCCCUCGGACAUAGAAGAACAGAGUCUGGGAUCUCUAGCUGGCGAGGCUACCACCGAGGCAACAGCAGGACUGGAACAAGGUCUGAGUUCUGGUUCAGCUCAGGCUGUCCCUGAGCUUGCUGAAGAAGUCCACUUGGAACCAGAUUGGACAGGUGAAAUAGAGCAAUCUCUGUCCUGUUAUGAUACCUCCAGUCAGAGGGCAGAAUGGGUUGGCGACAUUGAAGAGGAACCCCAAAACCCUGCAACUCCCCAAAACUCAGUAGACUUCCAAAACCUCUUCAUCCAGUCCGACUCAGAUCAUAACAGAGAGCUUAGCUUUGAGUUGAGCUAUGAAGCAACCAGUCAGUCUUCCUUUGACCCAUACGGCUUUAAACUCAGUCCAGAACAUUCUAGUCACACCCUCUUAGACCCUGAUGAAGCCGAACUAAGCCCGGAACCUUCUGAAAACGAUCUGACCUUUGACCCUGAGCCCUCCUCUUCUCAACCAGACCAACUGAACAUUGAUCACUAUGAGUUUGACAUCACUUCCUCCCAAAUGCCCUGA